AUGAACUUCACUUCUCGGAGGAAGAUCAGCGCCAAACGACGUGAGUCGCGACGGUGGCGGGAUCCUCUGGAAAAGGCGCUUCGACCAGAAAACAUACUACUCAAGGAAACUAACACAAGCGAAGCGAAGACGGCUGACUCGGAUGUUUUCAGGCCUUGUUAUACUGGAAGGGCCAUCGAACAGUGUGGAAUUGAGAAUGAAAUUGCUACCUUUUUGAAGAAGAAAUUUGACGAGAAGCAUGGAGGUCCAUGGCAAUGUAUCGUCGGCAGAAACUUCGGUAUGCAUUUGGAAUGCGUAGAAUUCAUCCACAUGUACAUAAGUAAGAUCUCCAUUUUAUUAUUUCGAUGCUAA